AUGGCUUCUACGCACAUGCUCCGUCAAACCAUCAUUGUCAAUGAGGGCGACUCUCCAUUGGCAUACAAGGCCAGGGAAGUCACUAAUCCAGUGAUGCAGUAUGUCAGUUUCUUCGACAACAACUUUGAGCGCAAGCGAAAGGUUGAAGUUUGGAAUGGUGCAAGUGGAAAGAAUGUUGAACCACUCCUCAGGUCCAUUCAAUCCUUUCGCAACAUCUCUUCAGAGUGGGGACUCAAUCAGGGUCGUCAAAAGAAGGCCUUGUUCAAGCAAUUCCUCACUGCUGAACCGCACAUGACCUAUCAGAGGAUUUCUGAUGCUCAUGGGAACUCAGUUCAGGACUUUGAAGAUUCUGUCGAUGAAUUCAUUUGCGAAUACACGGGCGAGAAUCCAAAGUAUCAGGCGAACAUGUAUCUCUUUGAUACUUCCAACCACAUUCGCAAACCAUAUAAUACUGAAAUUGGAAUUCACGCAAAUCGCUUAAAAACCCUAUUUAUGUAUCAUGAUAUGCUUCCUGGAAAUUGUUCCAACGUGAACGAUGAGAACGAUCCGGGGCAAAUUCGGAAGAGAAAGCUGGCACUGUUCCGCUCCUUUCCAAUUGAUUGGCAGGGAGAUUUUAUCAAUUCGCGGAAUGAUCCGGCGAACGACGAUAAUAUUACGUGGAAGGAUAUUGCGGUAGAGGCCUUCACCACAAUCGUUUUCGUGGUGGUCGUGGUCAUGGUUGACCAAGCAAUGGUUAUCAACCAUAUCCAAGGCCCUCGAGCUCUCCAAGAUAUUCUCAAGGGACUUCACAAAGUUUUCAACGUGGAGGCAAAUCCCAGAAACAAAACCAAGGACGAUAUCAACCAAGACACCCCAACAAUGGUGGCAGGGGCCGUGGAUUCAAUGGCCAGCGCAGUGGACGCUCCCAAUCUGGUCGUUUUCAGCCAGGACGAACCUAUCAAGGCAGAGGCCAAUCACAUCAACAAAACAGUCAAAAUUUCUAUGCUGAGUCGCACUACAAUCAAGAAGCUGUUUGCUGCGGAAUGCAGCGUUCCGGAAUGGAACCAAGACGGAAUGUCUUAUGGCGGAAUGCCAAGUGCCGAGCAGUACCAGCAUCAGGAACAAUAUUAUCAAGCUGAAGAAAAUCAGCAAUGGAAUGAUCAAUACAACUAUGAACAAGAAGAGUAUUAUCCUGAAGAACAGGAGGCGCACGAACAUUUUUCCUAUGAUGAGGAUUCGCCAUUUUCCUUUCAUGAAGAGCAUUACUGA